UUUUUUGUUGGUGUAUUUUAAUUGGGUGGAUAAUAGUGGGAGACUAACUUUCUAGAAAAGUAAAAUAACUAUACUUAUUGCUUUGAGUAACUGUUACAAGAUGCUUAAACUACAAUUAUUAUUACAUGUGAAUUGAAAUAUCCCACAUGGGGUGAUGGUGUUUUUGUUUCAAUGUUUUUAAUCUUUACUUUGGAUUUGUUUUUUCAAGAUUAGCAUCAUCUGGCUUUUAAUGUGUAGAGAAUCUGUUGGUUGGUUUUGGGGUUUGUCACCAUUAUUGUCUCAUUUUAGCUUCUGGGGUUCAUCAAGAAUGGGGUUUUGAGUUCUAUUUUUGGGAGAAAACUUGUCAUUUUGGUGGUUUGGUUUGACUAUUGAUGUAAUUUGAUUGUUUUGUUUUGGGGAAUCUAGAUAAAGAUUGUUUCUUUUGAUGUUUUGGAGCUACUGUAAGAACUGAAAAUUUUCAUCAUCCCCCAAUAUUCAAGGUUUGAAUUUCUUGUUUUCUAAGCUCCAAGGUUUCAUCUUAGAUUAGAGUUUCUGACUUUUGGUUUGAUAUUUUGGACUGAUUUUCAUGGAGGUGGUUUCAUUGAUUUUGGGUUUUCUUGGUAGUUAGAAUCUAAAAAACAAACUGAGCUGAUGAUGAUGAUGAAAAGUUUCAAGCUUUGUAGUUCUUGAAAGUGGGAAAAGGGGUUUGGGAAUUUGUCUGGAUAAAUUAGUGAUAUACAAAAGAAGGGAUUGAAUUUUGGGGUGGUGGUGAUGGAGAAGCAGAUUAGCUUUCAUGGGGUGAUUGAGAAACAGCAGAGUUUUCGAAAUGGGACGAUGGAGAAGCAGAAGAGCUUUAGAGGGUUGAUGGAAAAGCAGAAAAGUUUUCGGAUAGCGAUGGAGAGGCAGCUGAGCUUUGGUGGUGGUGAGAGGAAAAGGGGUAAGGAAUCACCAGGGAAAAGAGGGGAUUCCCCACUUCACUUGGCAGUUAGAGCAGGGAACCUUGGCAAGGUGAAAGAAAUCGUUCAUAGCAAAAGCACCAAUGAUUUGUUAUCUAAGCAAAACCAGGAGGGUGAGACAGUUCUGUAUGUUGCGGCAGAGAAUGGCCAUAGUUUGGUUGUUGCAGAGUUGUUAAAACAUUUAGACCUUCAGACAGCUUCUAUUCUGGCAAAUAAUGGUUUUGAUGCAUUCCAUAUUGCCGCAAAGCAGGGUCAUCUUGAGGUACUGAAAGAACUGUUGCAUUCAUUUCCAAACCUAGUCAUGACAACGGAUUCAGCCAACUCUACAGCCUUACAUACAGCAGCUGCUCAGGGACACCUUGAUGUAGUAAAUCUCCUUCUGGAGAUCGAUUCAAACCUUGCUAAGAUAGCUCGUAACAAUGGCAAGACUAUUCUCCAUACAGCUGCAAGAAUGGGGCACUUGGAAAUAGUUAGAGCUCUUCUAAGCAAGGAUCCUGAGAUUGGCUUUAGAACAGAUACAAAAGGCCAAAGUGCCUUGCACAUGGCUGUAAAGGGACAAAAUUUUGAUAUUGUUCUUGAAUUAAUCAAGCCAAAUCCUGCUGUAUUGGCUUUGGAAGAUAACAAAGGAAACAGAGCACUUCAUGUUGCGACUACAAAGGGGCGGCCACAGAUGGUACAAUGUCUAAUAUCAAUUGAGGGCAUCGAUCUCAAUGCCGUCAACAGGGCUGGAGAAACAGCUCUUGAUAUUGCAGAAAAGUCUGGAUCUCCGCAGCUCGUCUCCAUGUUGAAGGAGGCAGGAGCUACCCGUUCUAAAGAUGAUGGGAGGCCUCCAACUGCUGCAAAGCAGCUCAAGCAGACUGUCAGUGACAUACGACAUGAUGUGGAGUCCCAACUCCAACACAGUCGUCAAACUGGCUUCAGAGUGCGGAAAAUUGCGAAGAAUGUGAAAAAACUCCACAUUAGUGGUCUUAACAAUGCAAUCAACAAUGCGACAGUUGUUGCUGUCCUUAUUGCUACUGUAGCUUUUGCUGCCAUCUUCACUGUACCUGGCCAAUAUAUUGAGGAGAAAACAGAUGGGGUUUCGCUCGGCGAAGCACACAUAGCCAGGAAAGCAUCUUUCAUAAUAUUUUUCUUGUUUGACAGUAUGGCCUUGUUUAUUUCCAUUGCUGUUGUGGUGGUACAAACUUCUGUGGUCGUGAUUGAACAGAAGGCAAAGAAGCAGCUUAUGUUUUGGAUAAACAAGCUCAUGUGGGCAGCUUGCCUCUCCAUUUCAAUUUCCUUUAUUUCACUUACUUAUGUGGUGGUUGGAGAGAAGGAAAGAGGGCUUGCCAUCUAUGCAACUGUCAUUGGUAGCACCAUAAUGCUCACUACUAUAGGAUCCAUGUGCUAUUGUGUGGUUCGGCAUAGGCUAGAAGAGUCAAGGAUGAGGAGUAUAAGGAGGGCCGAGACUCAUUCACAUUCAUACUCGAUGUCUGUGGCAUCAGAUACAGAGCUUUACGGUGAAAACUACAAGAGGAUGUAUGCGGUAUAGGAGUAAAUAAAAGUCAGAUAAAUUUCUGCCCGAGGCACCUAGCCUGGAACUUUGUAGAUAGCACUAUAAGUGAAUAUAUGCUGGUUCUAAACCCUCUAGUCUGAUGAACUUCUAUCAAUGGCAUCAGAUACCAAAUUGUUCGAGGAACAAAAGGAUCUACGAGUUAGGAACAGAUGAGGAGAUAGUUCAAAUAGACUGCAAUAAUGUCGAGGUGAUGCAUAUCUGCACAAUUCCCCUAAAUGGAUUUCCUGCAGCCACUGAAUUUCUGCACAAAUGAGGUGACAUAUUGCUUAGAAGUUCAAGAUGAAGGCUUUAGCAAAUCCUUCGGUAUUCUUCGCAUGAAUUUUAAUAGUUUGACUGCAAGCUCUCAUGGAGUUUACUAUCAACCUAGAGUUACUAGUACCAGAUUGCUGGUAUAUGACUAGAAGGUGGGGAUGGCUGAUAUUGAAUUGCUUUCACGUAUACAUAAUAAACUCUGUAGAGUAAUGUACUUAAAAUUAUUAUUUAUGAUAUAAUUCAUCAUAUCUAUUUCUCCUGGUAAUGAAGUUACGUCCUUUACCAGCUUCUUUUA